ACCAUGAACCCCACGAAGUUCUGGAUAUGUACACGAUGUAUAAGGUCCUCGACUCCCCGAGCGACCAUAUUACCUAGGAAACUCCGUAACCCCAUACAUCAACGAGCAUACUCUGUAACCCAAAAUGCUCGACCUUUUCGUAUGGCCGUCAUCGGAUCUGGACCCGCUGGAUUUUAUACCUCCAAGAAGGUCAUGUCGAAUAUUGAGAAUUCGACGGUAGAUAUGUACGAGCAGUUGCCGGUCCCCUUUGGUUUGGUUCGCUUUGGUGUUGCGCCGGAUCAUCCUGAUGUGAAGGUACAAAUAAACACCCCAAAUAUAUUCAGAACCAUGAGCUAAAUUAGAUAAUAGAACUGCCAAAACAUAUUUGAAGAAGUCGCCGAGUCACCCGGAUUCAAUUUUGUUGGAAAUGUAUCAAUUGGGAAGCAGAAAGGAGCAUUUCCCCUGCAAGCAUUACUUCCACAUUACGAUGCGGUUUUGCUUGCUUAUGGCGCAUCUCGCGACAGAGCUCUGAAUAUCCCAGGAGAGGAUGCCUUGAAGGGAGUCUAUUCAGCCCGUGCUUUCGUCGGGUGGUACAAUGGAUUGCCAGAGUAUGCGGACUUAGCUCCAGAUCUUUCACUGGGGGAGGAAGCUAUUGUUAUUGGGAACGGGAAUGUAGCUAUGGAUGUGGUUCGUAUCCUACUGCAGGAUAUUGAUAUAUUACGCAAGACCGAUAUCACCGGUCUCGCCAUCGAGACACUGAGAAAGAGCAAGGUCAAGAGAGUAAGGGUUGUCGGACGAAGAGGUCCUAUACAGGUUUGUUCCACCCUGUAGAUACCGUGCAAAGGCUGCUGACCGCAUUCAUUAGGCUGCUUUUGAACUCCCAGAGCUUCGAGAACUGUUGAGGUUACCCAAUGUGGCUUUUCAUCCUGUGGAAGAGCCUAUGAUUCCAGAUUUAUCUCUGAUAACAAAGAACAUUAAGCAUCGUCCACGACGUCGCAAGAUCGAGGCGUUGAAAAAAGGUGGAAUAGCCUCUGUUGAGACUGCACCAAAAUCGUGGUCCCUCGAUUUCUGCAUGGCACCAAUAUCCGUCAACAGAAGUACAGAGUCCCCAGAUUGCCUAGGAAGCAUGGUGUUCGAGAAGACCACGUUAAGCACAGACUUGCUUGAUCCCAAAGCCAAAGCUGUUGGCACUGGCGAACUUAUCGAAGUUCCUGCAUCGCUAGCCUUCCGCUCCAUAGGCUAUAAAUCCGAAGCUCUUCCAGAUUUCAAGGAAUUGGGAUUGCGGUUUGAUGACAAAAAUGGAGUAAUUCCAAAUGAUGGUCUUGGUCGUGUCGUUGAGCCAGUGACUGCCAAAUCACUGCCUGGAAUUUACUGCGCAGGAUGGGUCAAGAGUGGCCCAACUGGCAAUAUUGACAAAACUAUGCGUAAUGCAUUCGAAACAGCUGAGUCAAUUACCAUGGACUGGAAUGAACAGGUACCAUUCCUCAAUUCUGGUAAUGGUACUGGCUUGGGGUGGGAAGGCGUAAGAGAUGAAGCUGAAUCAAGAGGUUGUCGAAGGGUAAGUUGGGAGGAUUGGAAGAAAAUUGAUUCUCUUGAGAAGGAGAAGGGUCAAUUGGCUGGAAAAGAACGCGAAAAGUUCACAUCGAUCGAUGAAAUGCUUGCCGUACUAGACUAA